GGAGGAACAGGACGCGGAAACAACGCGCGACAUCGUCCGGGGCUUUUUAUGCAAUGCAAAAACAUCGUACUCGUAUAAAUGCAAGUCUUGCGUUACAGAUCUGUUUCUUAAGGUAAAUCCGCAUGACAAAUUCCAUUUCUCAUGCUGAGGAAAUUUGUAAUGCAAUUAUACGAGUGCGAUACUUUUGCAAUGCAUACUUUUUUCACGUGAGCAACUUCGCGUGCGAAGAUGAUGCGGAGACCACGGCGUUGCAAGAUAGUAGAGAGGAUGGCCGUGGUGACCACGAACAGGAUCCAGAUGCGCAGGUCCUUUGUUCCGAACAGCAAGGAGGUCUACAACUUCUUCCGAGCGCUGGACCUGGGUCAUUUCCUUCUUCGCGAACAAGGCCACCUCUCCAAGACACGCCCCCACAGCUGCUCCUUUCGUCCAUUCAGCGUUACUCCGCCGGAGCGGCACAACCCC